AUGCUGCCCUUCCUUCUCUUCUCCUAUACAUCAAGCGUUGUUGCAGCGCCCGUUGACUCUCCUAACGAGCUUUCCACCUUUGUGCGAGCUGAAACGCUUCACCAUCCCUUGAUCAGCAACAACCGUAGUCUGUGGACCAUUAUUUCGACUUGUCUCCUGACCAUCUUCGCUUGCAUCUACACGGCAAUCCAUCCCAACGUCCCCAGCCCUUACGAUGGCACAAUAACAAUCCUCAUUCGAGCCGUUGGCACGAUGGUGAUGGCUGUACUAGCACCCGAACUUAUGGUUGCUUGGGCGGCGCGUCAGUACCUCAGUGCUCGAGACUUUACGGAGACCAUGCAACGUGGUUUAUACCGCCCACACGACGAGACAUGGACUAUUAGCCAUAGCUUUUACGCCUACAUGGGCGGCUUCAUGGUAUAUCAUGAGGGCAAACCUUGGCGUACCAUCACGCCUGCAAACCUUCUGAAGGCUAUUGAAGACGGUAAUAUCAACUUAAUCAGGCUGACAAGGAACGAGAUCAACGACACGAGUAAAGGUAAUUUUAUCUCGAAAGGGCUUGUACUCCUUCAAGUCUCUUGGUUCUGUUUGCAACUCAUUGCCCGCCACAUGACUCAACUAAAUAUCACUCCCCUUGAGCUCGCCACUGUUGGUUUUUGUGUUCCGUCUAUGAUGAUGUAUAUCUUGUGGUGGCACAAGCCAUUGGGAGUCAGUUGUCCUCGGCGUCUCGAGUGGAGGAGUGAUAGGCCACCACCUGACAAUUUAUACGUUAACAGGUUCGUAUGCACUUAUUGCCCAUGA